AUGAAGGGUAUUGGGCUUAGAUUCAUCUCAACCACCCUCGUUCAACAAGCGAGUCUUGACGAUGAAGAUGAUAAUAAUCACAGCGAGUUAAUCAGUGAGCGACUCGAGUUGACUCCGAGCGAUCUUGGACACCUCAAACUUCAGUACAUCCAAAAUGGUCUUCUUUUUCAUCACAAGCCGCCGUCAGAUACCAACUUCGUACGCCACUUAGCAGCCACUUUGUCUCGUACCUUAGAUAUUUUCUAUCCUCUCGCCGGCCGACUCGUCAUCACCAGGAACGACGAUGAAACCGCUUGUUUCCACGUUGAAUGUAACGGAUCCGGAGUCCUUUUCAGCCACGCCGUCACUGAUGGCGCCGCGGUGGCUGAUAUUAUCGGCGACUCAGUUAUUGUCCCAAACGACUUUGUGUACUCUCUUUUUUUAUUGAACGGAGUUUCGAACUACGAAGCCGCCGUUUCGAAACUCCCUUUGGUAGCUGUGCAGGUAACCGAACUCGUCGACGGUUUCUUCAUCGGGUGUAGUAUGAAUCAUGUCGUCAUUGACGGCACGUCGUUCUGGAACUUCUUCAACGUGUGGUCGGAAAUCUCACGCGACGGCAGCUACUACAACAACAACGACGUCGUUUUGAGUACAGACCGCCGCGACUUCUUUCUUGGUCUCCCGAUCCGAGUCCCCUCCGUCGUAGAGCUUCCUCAACCAACCUCAUCAUCAUCAGCUGAUCAUCUACAGCAAAUGAUGAUCCAUUUCUCCAAGAAAAGAAUUGUUGAGCUCAAGGCAAAAGCCAACGCCGAGAUGGGGUUCACCACCAAUAACGAGAUCUCUUCCCUUCAAGCGCUCAUGGCUCAUCUAUGGAGAUCCGUGACACGUGGCAGAGACCUCAACGCCGACGAAGAUGUCCAUUACAUAGUAACAGUGGGGCUGAGGUCAAGACUACUCCAGCCGGCGCUGCCAGAAGGGUACCUGGGAAACGCGGUCCAUGGUAUUAAUGUACAAUGCAAAGCAGGGGAGCUAUUGGAUCGUGGAUUGGGGUGGGCGGCGGCGCAGAUUAAACAAGGGAUUGGUUUGGUUACACCGACGGAAGCGAGAAAGAAGUUGGAGGAUUGGGUUAAGAGCCCUAGAUUAUCAGACAUGAGGAGAGUACCUCGAAACUUAGUGAUUAGUGGUGGUUCGCCUCGGUUUAAUGUUUACGGUAAUGAUUUUGGUUGGGGAAGUCCGGUGGCAGUUCGAAGCGGUCCGGCGAAUAAGUAUGACGGCAGUCUAACGCCGUAUUCAGGGGCUGAAGAAGGAUCUGUUGACUUUGAAGUUUGUAGUAGUCUUUCUCCCGCUACACUACUUGAUUAUAUACUUAAUUGAGCCUACAGGAGACGAUUGUACUUCUUUUCUGUUUUUUUUUUUUUUUUGGCUUAAUUCAUCAGUCACAAAAUUUGGCUUAAUUAUAUACAAUUGCAUUUUUGUGUUGUUUUGCUUAAUGAUUGUAUUACUUUGUUGGGUGGUUGAGGUUUUGCAUCUUAUUCUACGGAAUUCCUUUCCUUUUUCAAAGAAAUUGCACGCACAAAAUUUACGUUACUAUUAUUUGUACUGAGAUUCAG